AUGAAAAAUAGCAAUAAAAUCUUAGCUUUAUUUAUUUUAUUUUUAAAUAAACUCAGUAGUGGUCAAUUUUUAAGAACUGAUACAUUUAAAUCAGCUACCUGCAAUGGCGAACCAUCCUAUUCAAGUCACUUGGUUUUAUUAAAUAGUUGUAAUGGCAACUAUAUUUACAAGUAUGUUCCUAGCGAUGUUGGCGGCGCAACCACUGCAGGUGCUUCAACUAAUCCAGUUACCACCGCUGGAACUUUAAGUACUGUUGAUAUUACAUCUAUUGUUACUCAAGCAGUUACUCUUGGAAUGACUAGUGCUGGCUCUGGUAUUCUUACUGCUGUCGCUGGUUUAAAUGUUGAAAAUUUACAACAAAAUGCUGACUCUGUAUCAUUAGAGGUUCCAACUGCAUCCAAUACUCUUACUACUGGCUCUAUCCCAACAUCAAAUGCUGCUCAAACUACCACCACUUCACAAACCAUUGGUACCCCAACAUCAAAUGCUGCUCAAACUACCACCUCACAGACCAUUGCAUCCCAAACUAAUAGCGGUCUACUUACUCUCGGUCUAACUACCGUCCAAGGUAUCACUCAAGCCAUUACAAAUGUUAUUUCAUCAUCCUUAACCACUGGUACCAAUACUGGUAAUGUUCAAACAGGUGGAGGCAAAGUCGUACAAUACUAUUGUUUAUCAGUUGGUUGUGGUGCCCAAUGCGUUAGUAUUGCUGAAUUCCCACUCGGAACUUGCACCAAUCUUGGUUUAGACCAUGUUAUCUAUUCAAUUACCAAUGAAACCCAAUUAGUCACCAAAGCUGACAAUACUACCUCACCAGACUCCAAUGGCUUUUGUCAAUCAUUUGUUACUCCAAACAGUGCCUGUUUAACCUCAUCACCAUCUGAAAUCACCCAAUACAAAAAUGACUUUUGUGGUAAAGGUUUAAAGAUUAAUUGCACCUCAUCCAAAUAUACCUCAUAUACCUGUAUCGAUUCAAACUGCGAUCAAUGUCAAAUGAUUAAGCAAUAUGACUUGGAUAAAUGUAUUAUUCAAAACUCCACCGGUACUAUUUUCAAAUCUGUCCUCAAAACAAAUAUUACCGAACCAAUUACCCUUCCACCAUUAAGCUCUGAAUCAACCAAUUUCUCAAGCUCAGAUUCUUCAAAUGCCUCUUACUUAUCAAUCUACAACUAUUCAUUAUAUUUAUUUUAUUUAAUUAUCAUUUCAAUCAUUUUAUUAUAA